AAGAUAUAUUAUUCAAUUAAGAUGUUCCUAAAAUAUGUGAUCGCUUGUCUAUUUUGUAUUUUAGGUUUACUGACCUUUCAGUUUUUGGCUUUUCACAGUUGGUUACACUGUUUCUUGCAUCAAGUUGACCUUUCUGCUUGUUGGGUCUUCUUGCCCAUAUAUUUUUCUUUAAAUAAUAUUUAAAUUUAGUGAUAAUUACAAAGAAAAUAUUUUAAAAUGUUUCGAAUUGUAGCAACAGCUCUACGCUCUUCUUCAAGAAGUUUGGUCGCAGCAAAUGUUUCAAGGACCGUUGCUGUUCCAGGACGUCUGAUGUCUUCUCAUUCUACAGAAAGUGAUGAGGAGUUCGACAAUAGGUAUGAAGCUUAUUUCAAUAGACCCGAUAUCGAUGGAUGGGAAAUCAGACAAGGAAUGAAUGAUCUUGCUGGAAUGGAUCUUGUUCCCGAACCAAAAAUUUUGAUAGCAGCGAUGAAGGCUUGUCGCCGAGUAAAUGAUUAUCCAUUGGCUGUAAGGAUCCUUGAGACAGUCAAAUUCAAGUGUGGUAACAAGGUUGAGGAGAUCUACCCAUACAUUCUUCAAGAAAUCCAGCCAACUUUGGACGAACUUGGCAUUGAUACACCAGAAGCCCUAGGCUAUGAUAAACCAGAACUAGCUCUUGUUGAUCCCGAUUACAUUCACUAAAUUUUGAAUAGUUAAAAAAUGCGAGUUAUAAUGUAUAACUAACGACUACACGCAUUUUAGAGCCUUAAUUUUCCGUUAUUAAUUGUAUAAAAGUCCAAUAAUAAAAUGUUUACCAAUAACUGAAAGAA